AUGUUUAAGAAUACAUUCCAGUCUGGGUUUCUAUCGAUUCUCUACAGCCUUGGGACCAAGCCGUUGCAGAUAUGGGACAAGGAAGUUGUUGAUGGGCACAUUAAAAGACCCCAGGAUGAAGAUAUUAAGUCUAACGUUCUUGAAAUUGUUGGAACAAAUGUGCAAUCAACGUAUAUCACUUGCCCAGCUGACCCUGCUGCCACUCUUGGAAUUAAGCUUCCAUUUCUUGCCCUCGUUGUGAAGAAUCUUAAAAAAUACUUCACAUUUGAGGUCCAAGUUUUGGAUGACAAGAAUGUUCGCCGACGAUUCCGAGCAUCAAAUUUUCAAUCUGUCACAAGGGUAAAGCCAUACAUAUGCACGAUGCCUUUGAAGCUUGACGAUGGCUGGAACAACAUCCAGUUGAAUCUCUUGGACCUGACAAAAAGAGCCUAUGGCACAAACUACGUCGAGACGCUCCGCGUGCAAGUCCAUGCAAACUGCCGGCUCCGUAGGGUCUACUUCUCCGACCGCCUCUACUCGGAAGAGGAGCUGCCGGCCGAGUUCAAGCUCUACCUUCCAAUUCAGAAAUCAUAGGGCUCAGACCAAGAUGGAUGGUUGUGAGUCGUAACUUCCCUUGGAGCCCAGGCGACAUCGACGCAUUUCACCUCAGCGUCCAUCAGCGUGUAACUAUGCGUAAAGUAUCAGAAUGUUUAAUGGAUGUAUCUGGAUGUACGCUAAUUGUUGUAUGGAAGACCUGUGUAAAACUGUUGCUAAUUGAACCUCCACUGCUGCUGUA